GGCGGGCGCCGGACCCCCAGGCGGAACGACAGGUCUCAGGCCCCCAGGCGGGGCGGCGGGCACCGAGUCACCAGGCACAACCGCGGGCUCCGAGUCAACUGGGAUGACCGCUGGCACUGGGUCAGACAUUGGAUCGUCUGGCUGGACAGCGGGCAUCGGGUCACCAGGCAUCAGGUCAUUUGGCUCGACAGCGGGCACCGCGUCAUCUGGCAAGGCAGUGGGCUCCGAGUCAACUGGUAUGAUCGCGGGCACUGGGUCAGACAUUGGAUCGUCUGGCUGGACAGCGGGCACUGGGUCACCAGGCAUAAGGUCAUUUGGCUCGACAGCGGGCACCGCGUCAUCUGGCAAGGCAGUGGGCUCCGAGUCAACAGGCACGACAGUGAGCACCGGGUCAUCAGGUACCGGAUUGUCUGGCUCGACAGCGGGCAUCGGGUCACCAGGCAUCAGGUCAUUUGGCUCGACAGCGGGCACCGGAUCAGGUACCGGAUCAUCUGGAUCAACAGCGGGCAUCGAGUCAACUGGCCUAAUAGGAUCGUCAGGCUGGAUCAGUUCAUCAUGCUGGGUAGAGGCAUCAGGCUGAAUGCCGGCGUCCGGCUGAGUAGAGGCUUCAGGCCGAGUAGAGGCUUCAGGCCGAGUAGAGGCUUCAGGCCGAGUAGAGGCUUCAGGCCGAGUAGAGGCUUCAGGCCGAGUAGAGGCUUCAGGCCGAGUAGUAGGCAU